GAGUAAGCAGUAUGAAACAGAGUAAAGGAUUUGUUAGAAAUUAUUUUAUUAUAAAAUUUUUUUCUUUGUAGCUCUUUGGUGUGUUGGGAUAACCAUAAUUACCAAACUUAUUGUGUAGCAUUGAAAUGAAAAUGUAUAUUUAAUGGAUGAGAAUGAGGGGCCCAUAAUUGUUUGUUUCACCUGUCAUGCAAGACUCAUUUGUUGCAGAAGAUUACAACAACAGGCUAUUGAGUCAAAUGUGGUCCUGGAGCAGUUGCUUUCAGGAGGAUCCAUGUCAAUACCAAAACCGCAUAAGGUUAGGGGUGAGAUUAAAUUCACACCAAUUUAUCAUAUAGAUAUCUGGCCUGUAGAGUAUGAUAUAGACAAUGAUUGCAAGGACGAAAUUUUUUGCCUUGAUGCCGUUAAAGUUGAGGAAGAGAUUUUCGAAUAUGAGAAUUCCAAAUUUGAAGAAAAUGAGAAUCAUGAAACAGACUAAAGCGAAAUCUCGUUUAACACUCAAUAAAAUGAUGCUGUGUGUAUGGUGGUAUUGAAAAGUUUAUCAUGAGCUUUUACCGCCAGGUAAAACCAUCGAUUCGGAUCUCUACUACCAAUAAAUAAUGAGACAAGCAAGAAAUAGAAAUAAAAAUCGGCUGGCAUUGAUAAUCAGAAAAAGAAUGGUCUUUCAUCAUGAUAACGCCAGAUCACAAGUUUUUUUUUCCAUUAUAAAUGGGAUGACUAAAUCCAUGUUCCUUCAAAUCUCUGGUAUUGAAUAUAUC